AUGGUAAUCCUGGAGGACAUCGACAAAUUCUCGGCCAAGAAGAAGUCCGAGCUGUACAAGAAACUGAACGCUUUGCGCGAGAAAAGCGGCUACAACAUCACCCAGACGAACGGGCAGCGCGUCUACGCCCCGGCGCCGUCGAGCGGCGUCCCGGCGCCGCCGCGCGGCUGCGAGAUCUUCGUCGGCAAGCUGUCCAAGUACAUCUUCGAGGACGAGCUGGUGCCGCUGUUCGAGCGCGUCGGGCCGCUCUACAAGUUCCGCAUGAUGCUGGACUUCUCGGAGCGGAGCCGCGGCUACGCGUUCGCCACCUACUUCACGGUGGAGCACGCCGAGCGGGCCAUCGCCGAGCUCAACAACCACCAGAUCAGGCCGAAUUUGUUCAUCGGGGUGUACAAGUCGGUGGAUAAUUGCAGAUUGUUCGUCGGGAAUAUACCGUAUGAGGUCGGCAGGGACGAGGUGUUUGAUAAAUUGACUUCACUUGUACAGGGCGUCUCGGACAUAAUAAUGUUCUACGACAUCCAGAAGCCGGGAUUGAAUCGAGGAUUCGUGUUCGUGGAAUUCGAAAGCCACCGGUACGCGGCGAUGGCGCGCCGGCAGUUUUCGCCGAAUAAUUUGCAAAUUUGGGGCAAAAGUUUGUACGUCGAUUGGGCCGAUCCGCUGCCCAACGUUAAUCCCGAUAUCAUGGCCAAGGUGACCGUGUUGUAUUUGAGCAAUUUACCGCCCGAAUUCGACGCCGACGACAUACGAGCGUGCGUUUGCAAGAAAAUCAGCCCGCAAAUGAUCAGAAAAGUGUACAAGAAUUCGUCGUACGCCUUCGUGCAUUUCAACAAUCGCAAUUCGGCGGAAUUCGCUUUGGCCAAACUCCAAGGUUUGUUAAUCACGACAUUUGAUAAGGUGUUCAGAGUCAACGUGGAGUGGUCUCGUCCUCCGAGUUAUAGCAAAAAAUCGCGAUGGGUUAAACCUCCUGAGAAUUUCUGCACUUCGGUUCCUCCGAGUUUGAGAAGAUUGGUCUACAUGAAGAAGACCUCGGCGAGUUUGAAUAAAUCCACGGCGACUUCUUCGAAUGAUACUUCCAACAAUCUUUCGCCCAAGAUGGCAUCAUCCAAGUCUUCUUAUUCGGAAGGAUCUUCGGAUAAUUUCCCCCUGCCGGAGAAUUAUUUCUACAGGAGCGGUGCAUUCGAUUCGAUGGGGUCCAAUGAAAGGAUGAAUUUCCAGCUUCCGGUGCCUUCAUUUCGAAGCGAAUAUGAAUUAUUUUAA